CAUUCUUGAUCAAACAUUUCUGGCUAGUAUAGUUUUGCUAUUUGGUUUAAAAGCAUUUUCAGAGCUGGAUAAUCCUCCAACCAAUAUGACUAUUAGUAUAAUUGAAGCCGCAAGAUUGCAAUCUAAUGCUCUUGCUA